GGAAUGAAUUAAUAAUAUACCAUUGUAAUAUGAUUUUUUCUGGAUUUAAAUGAAAAAAUCCAGUUCUAAAAUUUCUUUAGCGUUUUUCUCAAAAUAUGGUUUCCAGACAGAAAAAUUGAAAUAACUCCAUCCUGUCUCAAGCUAUAACCAAUAAUUUUUUUUUGUUUUAAAGGUCUUGAUUAGAGCUAACUUUUCAUCGGACGGAUUUUUGAUAUUGAACCCCAGGGCUGAGAAAAGUGGAAUUUACUGUCGUCGAACCACACUUUUUGAUGCUUAUUUUGCAGACAUGCCCACAAAAUCGCUCGUAAAAAAUGAAUGGAAGGGACUUUCAAAAUUCCGUCCGAUGAAAAGUUGCGUACAGAGGCUAGCUACAAUUUGAAAUCAACCCGAGCUCUGUAUCCCUUCUCUGAACGGAGUUAUUUCGAUUCUUCUGAAAGGUAGGAAAACCAAUCAAAACUGCGAUUUAGUCGGACAUGUGAAGCUGAAAUUUUUAUCAUAAGCGUUUUUCACUAAGAACAAUCAUCCCUGAAAAUUUCAGCCCAGACGAAGGGUCCCAAGUGAGACUUCAUUUCUAGGGGGGGGGGGGGGGCCUUAAAGGACAUUUUUUCUCAAGUACAUUUACUUUGAGGGACAUUUUUUCAAGGACAAAAUCUGGAGGACAUUUUUUCUUGAGGACGAAAUUGGGGGACACGUCGUCCGAGGACAUUUUUAAAAGGACAUUCGAGCAUGUAUUCCAUAUGGAUAUAUAUAUGUGGACCGAUUAUUGUUAGUUUAGUUGUUGUUAGUUAUUAUUUGUUUUAGUAGGAAGGAAUAAACGUGAACCAGGAGUGUGUUAGCCGACACUUCCUAACAAACAUAUUUAUUUACUCAUGAAGAAUACUCAUUGAUUUUCAAAGAAAAUAUUGAAAUCCAUUUUUUUAUUCUUUUUUUUUUAUUUUUAAUAAAAGUAAAUUGAAAAUAGAAUCAAAAGUAGAUGGAAUCUUAGAAAUUCAUCAAUUCUGAUUUGAUUUUGAAAAGUAAAGAAAAAAGUCAUGGAAAAAGUGCUCUUGUCAUAAUACCAGAUUCUAUUCCCAUCUGUCAAAUUAUGCGAAGUUAAAUUUUUUACGAGUAAAUGCACUGUAUCAUAUCUGAAAUGAAUAUGGAUAAUUAUUAAAUGCAUACUAAUAAGAUUAAAGGUAAGUCUAAUUGGUUUAUCGAAGUUUAAGAGAUAAUCAAACUCUGUUGUCUUGAUAGGAUUAUUAAAAAAUCAGCUUUCUUUGUUGCACAAUGAACUUAUAUUUGAGUAUAAACUAAACCAUUUCAGUGCUUCAAGCUACAAUAACAUAUCGAUCUAUUAUUUUUCACUGAUAAUCGAAUUUUACUAAGUCAUGGCAUCAUUUCUUACAUCUGUUAUUAAAAAAGGGAGAGGUAAAUCUUCUAAAAACUCAAAACAUGAUCAUCAAUAAUAACUAACAAUCUAUAAAUAAAUGUAUGUUCUUUCACAGAACUAACAACUUCAUUAUCAGCAAUAGUUGACUGCGAAAAGGAUUUCAAAAGAACUCAUGCCAUCACCGUGUCCUGCAACAUAGUCCAUAUUCAGUUUUGUUCGGCACCGAACCAAAAGUUGGUUCAGCCUCAACAUCAUUACAUCAGUCAAUAUUUAAUAAAAUUGCAACUGAAGAACAAUAAAAUGAUGAACUAGAGAAUAAAUCAAAUGAUAAAUCACAUGAAGAGUUACAUGAUAAAUCAUAUGACGAGUUAAAUGAUAAAUCAAAUAAUAAAUUAAACGAUGAAUUAAAUGAUGAAUCAAAUGAUGAAUUAAAUGAUACAUUAAAUAAUGAUUUAAAUGCAACAAAAAUUGAAUCAAGUGUACUCACUCAGCAUGAAUGCAAACAUGAGGCUGAAAAACUUAAAACAAAUUGCGAUAAACCUAUUUUUGAUCAACAAAAUAAUAUGAUAGAGUCUGAACAUUCGCCAAAAACCAUUAAGCAAAGAUCAAGUCCUUUUAACAAUAGAAUUAAAAUAACAAACAUAAUACGACGAUUUGCACACGCAGGUCCAAAACCUCAAGCUGAAGAUUUUCUACAAAGUACAAGGAAAAAACAAAAAUUAAUCAAUUUUAGUAUCGGUGAUAAUGUUUUGAUUCUGGUACCAGACGUUGAUCGUGGUCCGACUGAUGCCCACAAUAUUUUAGGUGUAAUAAUUGAAAUAAAGCAUAAUAAAUUAAAAUUAGGAACCAAGUACAGUACUUUACAUGGUUAUUACAGCUUUCAUCAAGUUGAAAAAGCACCUGGUGAACCAACGUUAGAAAUUCAAGAUAUCAUCGAUAAUACUCCAAGAUCUGUAAGAGAGAUCAUGAAGCUGGAGAGUAUCACCGGUGGACAAGGCAUCCUGAAAUGUGAUUGCAAACAAGGCUGUAAAACAAAUAAAGGUAAAUGUAAACAGGCUGAUGUAUUGUGUAAUUCUCGAUGUCAUCAUACUUCAUCAUGUUGUAAUAAAUGA